CCUCUCACCACCCCUCUUUUCGUCCUUUUUCCUUCCUUGUUACCUCCCCAGGGAACUGACAGGCUGCCACGAGUGAAAGAGUGAAGAAGGCAUCACAUUUAUUUGCUCCCUCGACUCCGACACCAACGCAGUAAUCGACCUUGAACAUCCCUCGACCUCGAUCGUGCUUUGUCCGCCAAGAUGGCAACAACGAAUGGAACCUCUACCAAUGGAGUGCACGCCGCCGGGGAGAUCGGCGCUGUCGAUGCGACCAAGCUGAUCGGCCACACGCCGCUCGUCCGGCUGAACAAGAUUCCUCAGUCGCUGGGGAUCAAGGCCAAGGUCUACGCAAAGGUGGAGUUGUUCAACGCCGGCGGUAGUGUCAAGGAUCGGAUAGCCCUCAGGAUGAUUGAGGAGGCAGAGAAGAGCGGCAGGAUAAAGCCAGGCGAUACGCUGAUCGAGCCGACCAGUGGCAAUACCGGAAUUGGUCUGGCGCUCGUAGGCGCGAUCAAAGGCUACAAGACCAUCAUCACGCUUCCCGAGAAGAUGUCGGCCGAGAAGGUCUCGGUGCUGCGUGCCCUCGGCGCCACCAUCAUCCGCACGCCGACCCAGGCCGCCUGGGACAGUCCCGAGUCGCACAUUGGCGUGGCCCGCCGGCUGCAAAAGGAGAUUCCCCGGGCCCACAUCCUCGACCAGUACACCAACGUCGACAACCCGCGGGCGCACGAGUUUGGCACCGCCGAGGAGAUCUGGGAGCAGACCAACGGCACCGUGACGGCCAUCGUGGCCGGUGCAGGGACUGGCGGCACGGUCAGCGGCAUCGCCAAGGGCAUCAGGAAGCACAACCCAGACGUCAAGAUCAUCGCUGCAGACCCGUUUGGCAGUAUUCUUGCCCUGCCCGAGAGCCUGAACCAGGGCGAGCUGGCCAACAUCCCCUACAAGGUGGAGGGCAUCGGGUACGACUUCAUCCCGGACGUGCUGGACCGUCAGACUGUGGAUAAGUGGUACAAGACGGACGACCGCGAGUCGUUCAUGUUUGCGCGCAGGCUGAUCGCCGAGGAGGGUCUGCUGGUCGGCGGAUCCUCGGGCUCCGCCAUGUCCGCCAUGGUGCGCGCGGUCAAGGACCUGGACCUGGGCGAGGACGACACCGUCGUGGUCGUCCUCCCGGACAGCAUCAGGAGCUACCUCUCCAAGUUUGCCGAUGACGACUGGCUCGCCGCCAACGACCUGCUGCCGUCCGUCAACGGUGCCGAGGUCGAGGCCGCAGCGCAGAAGAAGCGGCGCGCCAGCGACCCGUACGGCGGCGAGACAGUCCGCUCCCUCCGCCUCAAGCCCGUCACCAGCGUGCUCAGCACCCAGCUGUGCGCCGAGGCCAUCGAGACCAUGCGCGACAAGGGCUUCGACCAGCUCCCCGUGCUGUCGCCCACCGGCGGCCGGCUCGUCGGGCUCGUGACCCUGGGCAACCUCCUGUCGUACAUCUCGCGCGGCCGGGCCAGCGCUGCCAGCCCUGUCACCGACGUCAUGUUUGACUUUAGCAAGAUCGACGAGGUCGUGACGGACCCGCGGGAUAUCCUUACUGCCGAGGAGACCUCGAGCAAGAGCAAGAAGAAGAGGCACUUUGUCGAGAUCACCCUGGACACGCCGCUGACUGUGCUGAGCAAGUUUCUCGAGUACAACAGCGCCGCGGUCGUGACUGACAAGAGGGAUGAUGGCGAGGGCAAGAAGCCCGUGGCCAUCGUGACCAAGGUGGACCUGUUGACCCAUAUGAUGGCGGGGAGCAAGCGGUCUUCUUCGGGAACGGGGACUCCCAACUGAGGAGAAAGAGGCGCCUUAUGGCUUGAGUAUCUUAUGCAUUGAGUGGCGUUUGGGAAGGGAGGAGAGGGUUUUCCAAUGAUUUGCUUUUUCUUGAGGGUUUCCAGAUUGAUAUAGUAGAAGCAUAGACUCAACGUCUAUGGGCUUUGGGGCUCAGGACCAAAUAGAUUCAACCAUGUAGGGAAUUAUCAAUGGGGCGGACAUGUCUUUUUCUCCUUGUUUUCUCUGUUCCCCUCCCCCCUGACAAUGUCCACACGAUAUUGCCAACUCAUGCCAGUUACCAAC